GUGAGACAUCAUCAACCUCAGAGGCUGAAUCCACUGGUGACCGUCCCACAGACACAGGAAUAAUGAAAGCCUUCGUCCUCUGCGUGCUCCUCAUCCUCUCCGUGCUCGGACAUAGGAGCCUUGGGGUCUCCCUGAGAGGGAAUGAAAUAGAAAAUUCUGCAGAUCAUCUCGCCCAGUCCCAGACAGAGGAAUAUGCUGCACAGGAGUCUCACACCCGGGACAAGCGACACAUCGGACUGGGCAUCUGCACUUACUGCUGUAAAUGUUGUGCCAACAAAGGGUGCGGGUACUGCUGUCGGACCUGAUCUCGCCCUCAGGGCGGUGGGGUUCACCAGGACUCACAAGUCACAAAGCCCUCUUACCUGGAGACACAAUGUACCCCGUGGAUGGACCCCGUGGAUCCGGGAACGUGUCCCUUCUACCUCACACAGCCUAGAACGGAGAGAUGCAUGAAAUGUCCUGCAGCUGGAGAUUGCCUACUGUCUUCAGGCACACAAGGGGUUAAUGUGGUUUUUCAUGUUUUUUUCCUGUAAGACGCCCGGGCUCUCCGCUCCGCGCCUUCCCUGCUCUGUAUUUAUUAAUGUUGCUGCUCUGCUUGUAAAAUGUUCAGCAGAUGUAUUAACCUGGAGAAGGCAUAAGGAAGUGAUAAACCAGUGAUAUGUGCAAGGUGAUAAACGCACCAGCCAAUCAGCUCCAAUUUGUAAAUUAACAGUUAGGAUCUGAUUGGCUGGUGCAUUUAUCACCUUGCACUUAACACUGGUUUAUCACUUCCUUACGCUGUCUCCAGGCUUAAUAAAUCUCAGUUACUCUCUGCCUCCCUCUUCCAUUCCAUAUGUAUAUAUGGGAAAUAAGAGUAACGUAUUUCUUAUAUAGAAGAACUCAUCACCUCUGUAAGCGCCUCCUCUGUUCUUACAGACUAUUAAAGGUUUAGGAUAAUAAAUGAAGGUCCAACUGGAACUUUGUAGCUACAACAAGCUCAUACUGCCCCCCCCCCUCCCCCCCUGCUGUAGUUACUGCGGACGAUAGCUCCUCCUAUGUCAUUAUCAUAUGACGUGUAAUAUAUUUGUUAUAUAAGAUCCCUGAUAUAUUGUGUGUUAUGUAUAUGAAGUUAUUUAUUAUGUAUAUUUUUCAACAAUUUUAAAAGUGUAACUUCAUUUUGUUACAUUUAAUAAACUGGUGGCACUUCACACUCAA